AUGCCCCCCCCGCGCGCCCGCCCGGGGCCCGCAGCCCGGGCGGACGCGAAAGGCACGCAGCCGCCGCCAUGUCCCCCGCCUCCUCCCCCUUCUCAGCAACAUGGCGCCGCCGAGGGCCCGCAGCUGCCGCCGCCGCGCCGAUUUCGUAAUGAAGCUCGCGGCUCCCGAGCGGCGGCGCGGGGCCCGCCCGCUGACCCCCGUCCGCCUGCCCGGGAGAAGCGGGAGGUCCCGCAGCUCGGCGGAGAAGUGUGUGUAGGGGGGGGAGGGGGAAGAGAAGGGCCCGCCGCCCCCGCCCCUCCUGUGAACAAAAGCCCAUGCGGAGGGGCCCGGGACGCGCUCGCAGCCCGCGGCGCUGCCCCCUCCCCGGGGCCCCGCGCCCCCUCCCCCGGGGGGCGACGGAGCACAAAGCGCCUCCGCCGGGAACUCCCCGAGAGCCCCCCCCCGACCCGCGCCCUCCCCCCCGUCCCUCCCCGCCCGCCGCCUCUUUUACCGCCGCUGCCGUUCCCGAGCUGGGCGUGGGCGGCGAGCAGAGCCCCCGCGCCGCCGCCGCGGCCUCUGCCCCACGUGCGGCUUUGUUCUGGCGCCGCCAGCUCCCCCCGCAGCCGCGCCGGGCACGGCGCAAACUUUCCCGGACGGGCCUUCCCCCCGCGGGCCGUGAGGGCAGAACCCCCGCCCGCGCCCACCCCCGGCCGCCGCUGCCAUUGUGCCGCGCACGCCGCCCUGCCCUACCCGUCCCGGGGGCUCGGCCGCUCCCCGCGCCACCCUGGCCCGGCGAGGCGCCCCGGGCCCAGAGCGCGGCGGGAGGAGGGGGGGGCGAGAAGGGGGCGGCGGGACUCACUGCAGCGGCGAGCGGCGCGCACGCUUUUUCAAAUCUCCCUCAUUCCAGCCCCUCCCGCCCCGUGUGCGAGCUCGGGAGGCGCCGCGCCAUGCGCCCUUCUCCUGGCUCCCCCCGCCGCCCACCCACACCCCCUCCUACCGCCCCGGCCACUCGCAGCGGCCCCACCAGCUACCAUCGCCGCCGCCUCCGAGCCGCCCGCCCGGCCCCCGCUGCCGCCGCGCUGCCUCCCCGGGCUCGCCCCCCGCGCCGGGUGGCCGCCGCCGCCUCACAACAGAAUAGAAAACAAAGUGCUUCCGAGCGCCGCGCCGCCCAAUCGCCGGCCGCGGCCCCCGCCCCCGCCCGCCGCCGCCUGCUGCGAUUCAUCCACGCACCAGGCAUGCACCGAGCCCGCCGCCCGCCCGGCCUGCCCGCGCUGUACGGGCACCGCCGCCGCCGCCGCAAACUUUGUCUCCGCGGUUCCGCUGGGGCCGGGCCGCGGCGGGGGAGCGGGGUGCCCGCCCCACCGCACCGCACCGCGCAGGGCUCCCGCCGGAGGAUGGCGGUGCCGCGCGCAUCCUGCCUGCGCAGGCGAUGGGGAAGGGGAGGGAAGGAGGGAGGGAGGAAGGCACGGGGUGGGAGAUGCACAUGGUGGCCCCGCGCUCACGGGAGGGCCGGGGGAGGCCUGGCCACGGGGGGCGGGCAGGGCUGGGCCCGCCCGCUGCCACCGCCCUGCGAAGUUGCGCGCGGUUGGGAAAGCGGGGAUGCCGCGCCCGUCCCGCCCCGGCUGCGUCCGCGGCCCCACGCGGAGCUCUGGGAUGGAGGGGGUGGUGCCGCAUGUGGCUGCACUUGUCAGGGGGAAACUCCUGCGCUUGGAUCUAGUGGAAAGGCAGGAUAGGAAACCCGAGUCGCGAGGGUGCGAGUGGGAGAGGUGUGGGAAGGCGACCAGCAGCAGCAGCAUCCCGGGCCGCCGGUUUCGGAUGGGGAUCCCACCCGAGACCGACGGACCCCAGGUGGGAAUGCCGGAGGCUACGCUUGUCUCUGGCCGAUGGCACCCGCCGUCUUGGGCCGGCUCUCUGCGGGCGGGCCCCGGGAGCUGA